CGAGAAUUCUCCGAGCACAUUUCAAAAUUAUACCCGAAUAAACAUUUCCUGUAAAUUGCUUUUGUGCCGAACGUAAUUCGCGCUUUGGACACUCAAAAUAUUGAGCUGAGUCAUCGACAGGAUCUGUGUCGGUCUGCAAACACUGAAUAAGGACACUUGCAAGGAUCGUUUCUUGAGUUCCCUACUGGCAACCCACACAAUACGGGUCAACUUUCGAUUCCCCAUUUCGGUCCACUGUUUCGACUUGUUGUUAAGAAAAAUUUGUUCGGGUUUUGUUUAGUCUUACAGUUUUUAACAACGAAAGCAGACAACGCAUUUCGUUCGUUCCUUUUUUUAAAUAUACAUUUUACGUUCGCAUAUGAGACAUUUUUGAAACCCUUUUUUUUUUUGGACACUUGACAAAAGCUAUUGAACGUGGCAGAUCAAAAUUAUUGCAGACAGUUCGAGAGACCAACAUACAUACAAUUCGGGCGUAGCCGUAAAUUGUGAAAGCACAUAAACAGUCGUCAAAAUUUUGCAGAUAAUAGCUCGCGUAUAUAGUGCACUUCAUAUAAUACUAUAUCCAAGUUUGAACAAUAUGCGUGGACAACUGUUGCUGAAGGGACCCGCAUUGGCCAGGAGCUUGAGCCGUUGCCGCGUCAUCACUGCCUUGCCGCAAAUUGGAUCAGUUCGUCAUGUGACCGCCGGCUGUGGAGCUGGUGAUGCCGUCAAGGGCGGCAAAGGAAUCGUCUUGGGCCUCUACGAAAAGGAGUCGGGAAAGGGUCCGCGACUAACGCCUGCAGGCGAAAAGUUCGAUGAUCGCGCACAGGGCAAGUUAUCGGAGUUGAUAUGCGAAACCAAAUUGACCGGACGUUUGGGUCGCGGCAAGGUGUUUAACAAUGUGGACAGCGAGUUCCGAUCCAUUUGCGUGGUGGGCGUUGGUCUCGAAGGCAUUGCCUUCAAUGAACUGGAAAUGCUCGAUGAGGGCAUGGAGAAUGUGCGCAUAGCCGCCGGAAUUGGUGCCCGAUCUCUGCAGAGUAUUGGCUGCUCCGAGGUUCAUGUGGAUAACAUGGACUAUGCCGAACAGGCGGCCGAAGGUGCCGCAUUGGCCAUUUGGCGAUAUGAGGAGAACCUGGCCAAGAAGUAUCGCAGCACUAUACCCAAACUGGAGCUGCACGGUUCACCGGAUGUGGAGUCCUGGACCAGGGGCCUCUUCAAGGCGGAGGCUCAGAAUUUGGCCAGGCGGCUGUGUGAUGCGCCUGCCAAUUGUAUGACACCGACCAUUGUGGCCCAGGCCGCGGUGGAUUCACUGUGUCCAUGCGGCAUCACAGUGGAGGUUCGCACCAUGGAGUGGAUCGAGCAGCAGCAUCUGAACUCCUUCCUGAUGAUUGCCAAGGGCAGCUGCGAACCACCCGUGCUGCUGGAGGUGGCCUAUUGCGGCACUGCACCGGAGGAUAAGCCCAUUCUGCUGGUGGGUCAGGGCAUCACCUUCAAUUCCGGUGGCAUCAAUCUGCGGCCAUGCAAGGGAAUGGACGAGUUUCGCGGCGAUCUCACUGGUGCUGCCAGCAUUUUGGCCGCCAUGCGAGCAGCAGCGGCGUUAUCCUUGCCCAUCAAUAUAACUGCCGUGAUACCGCUGUGCGAGAAUCUGCCCUCUGGCAUGUCCUGCAAGCCGGGCGAUGUGGUCACCCUGCUGAAUUCCAAAUCGCUGGCGGUGCGCAACAUAAGUCGAACCGGAGUGGUGGUCAUCUCGGAUCCCAUGCUCUAUGGCCAGAUCACCUACAAGCCCAGACUCGUCGUCGAUGUGGGCUCCAUGUGCAAGGGCGUGAAGAAGGCGGUGGGCGGUGGAGCCACGGGAAUCUGGUCGAACUCGCACUACAUAUGGAAACAGUUCCAGCGGGCCGGUUCCUUGACCGGUGAUCGCUUGUGGCGAUUCCCCUUGUGGCGCUACUACAAGGAUCGUGUGGCGGAACACCUGAGCUUCGAUCUGUUGAACGAUGGCGAGGGUUAUGCCUCAUCUUGCCUGGCAGCUGCUGUGCUCCACGAACUGGUGCCCUGCAGCGAUUGGGCCCAUCUGGAUACCUAUGGCACUGGACUACUGAGCACCUAUGGAUUGAUACCCUACUUGACGGCUGGCAGGAUGACUGGCAGGCCGACCAGGACAUUGGUGCAGUUCCUUUACCAAAUCGCGUGUCCCGAGCAGCCCAAAUAAUUGACGUUCAACAUGCUCGAUGAUGUCUGCGGGUGACUACGAUUACGUUUUGAUUGGUUCUUUGACUGGCGACUCUUCAAAAACCCCGAAAUACGGAUGUUUGGCUUCAACUGUGUAUAUAUAUAUAUAUCUGAGAUGGGAUGGCGAUGUGUUCCCCCAACGUUUUUAUCUGUUGACCGAAGUCCCAGGACUAGGGACCAGAGCUCGUUCAAUGUUUGUAUUUUAUGUUUAUGACUCGGCCGCAUCCCGGGGCUGAGUUGGCUGGCAGAGAUUGUCUAGAGUCCAAAAGAAAUUCAAAUUCACACAUAAAUCACUGUAUCACUCAAUUGUAAACUUUCGGCUGACAAUCAGAUGGAAUAAAUUGUAGGGUCCUCUUAAAAGAA